AUGACCAAAGUGGUGCCUGAUUAUUAUGAUGUGGUAAAGCAGCCUAUGGAUUUUCCAACUAUUCGAAAGAAGCUUCGGAAAAACUGUUACAAGUCCUUGGAAGAUUUGCAGGCUGAUGUUCAAUUACUCUGUUCCAAUGCAAUGUUGUUCAAUGGGCCAGACACUGUCUACCAUAAACAGGGGCUUGCCAUCCAAAUCUUGCCAAUGAAGAGUUUGGAAAACUUAAAAAUGUUGAGGGUAAAGAUGAAAUAUUGGACAAGGAUAAUGAUAAGGAGAAGGAGAAGGCUCAAGAAGUCGAAUUUCAGUUGCAGCAAGCUGUGCAGGAAAGCAGAUCAGUAA